UCUCAAAGAAUCAAAUGGAGAAUCUAUUUAGUAUCUACUACAUUUAAUAUUGAUGAAUCUGAUACUAUGUAUUGAUUGAUUGAUUGAGUGACACCUUAAAUAUCAGUUUGUUUUCUUGUCCCUCCACAUUGGUUUGAUUCGCCCCCUGUCGCUUGGCACACGCACGGCAGGCGCUGUGGAUGGAUCUGCGGCUGCCUGCCCUUCGAAACCCAAAAUUCGCCCACCGCGAAGCAAGCCAAACCGGGCAGGCCCAGGAGCAACCUGCAAUACAGUUCAAAAAACACCUUCCCCUCCAACUUUCUUCUGACCUCGUUUCCACAUAAACUCUCAUCCUAACAGACCUGAAUUUCUUCCUUUGACUUCCUAUGAUUUCGAUAGGAAGCAUUAUAAUAACUGAUACCCACACUCGCCGUCACCCUUAGCAACACACGAACCACUUCUUCCAUCGCGAGCAAUGGAGAGCCUUCAACUAUCCCAGGUUCUUGCCGACCUCAGCAAUAUAGGCGCCGCCGAUCCGGGAGCCGCAGAAGCCAUCGUCAGCGCCAACCACCCCUCCAACUCUAGUUACACCCGAGUCGAAGUGACUGCAGCUGCAACUGCCCCUGCUUCGAGUCCCACUACGAAUCAACAACGACGUCCCACAGGUUUGCAGCGGCAUUGGUCGUCUGAGAAAUUCGACAAGUUCGGCCGCCGCAUUCUCUCUCCUGGCUCCCACUCCGGUUCAGCUGUGAACUCUAGCCCUGGUACUCCUCGCCGAGGUGAAUCUGAUUUCGAAGAAGACCUGGAGAGAGCAAGCACACUCAUGCAACUAUACGACAUUCGCUCCAAGAUCAAGCAGCAGGAUAACAGCAGUCUGCUCAGAGCUCGAGAGAAGGUCAACGCGAUAGCAGCGCGACAACAAGCUCAACAGGCCGCGGAACGCAACAUGAAGGCAGCCGACGAACUUCGACGACAACGCUACUCUUUCCCAAGAGCCGGUCUCUGAAGCAAAUAACCCUUACGAUUUCCUUAUAUCUCCUCACGACGGAUCACGGGCUCGUUACAAAAGGACAGGCGCUGGGUAAUAUCUGAUUGAUGUUUGUGGGAUGAUUUCUUUGACGGCGUUUGGGACACAAAAGUAUAUGCCGUCGGUGCGAUGAAAUCCAUCUCUCUGAAGAGCGAGGCUGAAGGCAACCGUGGUUUGUUUUAAAGCGGUUGGAACUGCUGACUUUAAUACGAUGCGCUGGAUAAUCGAAGCGGAUAUUGUUGUUUUCGCAGCUUUGAGGGACCAA